AUGAAGUUUCCACUCUCGAUGCUCGCCCACUCGGCCGCGGUCCUCGCAGCUCCCACCUCAACCGACGCUACCACAGACACUGUUCUCAUCAACUGCACCUAUGGCUUCAACUACGGCGGCUCCGACCUUCUCUCUAUGGGCAACUACGAAGGCGACAUCAAUAAUCCCUUCACGGCAGCUGGCCAGCCCACCGAUGGCGACCAUGUCCUGUACAGCCUCUUCAACUCGAACAGUGUUAUUAUCGGGAAGGUUGAGUUCAUCAAGUUCUGGGGUGCUGGUGGCUGUGCCAAUGCUGGGACGGGAAAUGAUGACUACUGCCCUGCUCAAUCGACCAAAAAUUCUGCCAUGUUGCGCACUGCUUUGCCAACGGUAAUCUUGGCCGUGGCUCCAAGUUCAGCAUCGAAGUAUUUGUCCUAA